UCGGCCCAGCCUCGGGGUCCGGGCUGAGGGUUCCAGUGUCCGCGGGCCCGGGUCUGCGUGCAGCUCUACCGUGCAGGCUGCGCGGAGCCGGGAUGCGCUGCGCCUGCUGCGGUUCCUCAUCAUGGAGACCAAACGCCUGGAGAUUCCCGGCAGCGUCCUGGACGAUCUCUGCAGCCGAUUUAUUUUGCAUAUUCCUAGUGAGGAACGAGAUAAUGCAAUCCGAGUUUGCUUCCAGAUUGAACUCGCCCAUUGGUUUUACUUGGAUUUCUACAUGCAGAACACACCAGGAUUACCUCAGUGUGGGAUAAGAGACUUUGCCAAAGCUGUCUUUAGUCAUUGUCCCUUUCUGCUGCCGCAAGGUGAAGAUGUGGAAAAGAUUUUGGAUGAAUGGAAGGAAUAUAAAAUGGGAGUGCCAACCUAUGGUGCGAUCAUCCUUGAUGAGACGCUCGAGAAUGUACUGCUGGUUCAGGGAUACCUGGCAAAAUCAGGCUGGGGGUUUCCAAAAGGAAAAGUGAAUAAAGAGGAAGCACCCCACGACUGCGCUGCCAGAGAGGUCUUCGAAGAAACUGGUUUUGAUAUAAAAGACUAUAUUUGUAAGGAUGAUUACAUCGAACUUCGAAUCAAUGACCAGCUUGCUCGCUUGUACAUCAUUCCAGGAGUUCCGAAGGACACAAAAUUUAAUCCCAAAACCAGGAGAGAAAUUAGGAACAUUGAGUGGUUCUCCAUUGAGAAAUUGCCUUGUCACAGAAAUGAUAUGACUCCCAAGUCCAAGCUCGGCUUGGCACCUAAUAAGUUUUUUAUGGCCAUUCCCUUUAUCAGACCACUAAGGGACUGGCUGUCUCGAAGAUUUGGAGAUUCCUCGGACAGUGACAAUGGUUUUUCUUCAGUUGGCAGCACACCAUCUAAACCCACUGUGGAAAAGUUGAGUCGAACAAAAUUCCGCCACAGCCAGCAGCUGUUUCCUGAAGGUUCUCCUAGUGACCAGUGGGUAAAGCACAGGCAGCCGCUGCCACAGAAGCCACAUGGUAACCACGCAGAAGGGGCAUCGGACCCUUUCAAAACAAAGAAUCAAAAUAUGAGAGGGAAUGGCAGAAAACAGUAUCAAGAUUCACCUAAUCAGAAGAAAAGAACAAAUGGAGUUCACAGUCAACCAGCAAAGCAACAGAAUCCCGUGAUGAAAUGUGAAAAGAGGCUACAUCCACGAAAACUUCAGGACAACUUUGAAACAGAUGGAGCAUUUGAGUUGCCUUGUUCUGGUGAAGACCCCUCGGUAGAGCCUGUUGAGGGACACUCUGUGGCGUGUAACGGACAUUGCAAGUUCCCAUUUUCAUCCAGAACCUUUCUGAGUUUCAAGUUUGACCAAAAUGCUAUAAUGAAAACCUUGGACCUUUGAUAGCAGCAAGUGUAUUGCAGAAGCCGUGGUCAGAGACCUGUUACGUUUGCGUGUCUCCUCAAGCCUUACCUUUCUCAGGUAUCUGAAAGAAAUGCAGGGAGGCAGUUUCUAAAGAGAUUUUCUGCACAGAAGAGAAACUAUAAAGAAACACCAGUUUGCACUGUAAAUGAAGUUAGGACUUUUUUACAUGGAUUUACCGUUUCAGUGUUUGCAACCGAGUUUUAGUGGCCUUUGCUUUUUGUCUUUUCCUUUUGAGGGCAUUUAUUUUGUCUUCUGAUCAAGAAAAGAGUUGUUGAUUAACUCAUCAACUAGUACGUUAGUAGGAGUAUUUCAUUUCCCCAUCGUAGUGAUUGCAUUGAGUUUUCUUCUUGAAAAUUUUAAAAGAAACGUAAAUCCCCAGUUAUUAAUGAGCAGUAAGAGCUGAAUCAUGACAUCAGGAUUGCAGGCAUUUUCUCAUUUCUCUGCUUCUGAGAAUCUAAUCCUUCUAUUUGGAAUUUGUCAGUUUAUUUAGAACCAGCAUCUCAAAACAAUACUAUUUUGCACAGUGAACUCUUGAGCACUUCAUCAGGACAAAGUCCGCAGCCUGAAGAGAGAUUGAGUCGAUGAGAGUUGAUGCUGUAAUUCUGAGCUCUGAUGUAUGCUGUCAGAAAACCUGUGCCUGCUGGAGCAGAGAGCAUCGAAGCCAGUACCUGGCAGUUACUUUGGGUCAUGCCUUGACCAUCAUGCCUCUAGCUGUUCAGUAUUGUGCAAUGAUUCUGCUCAUGUGAAGUAUCUAUACAUACUCUAGAGUGAUUAUGUGUGGAAAACUACAUCUUAGUUUUAUCUUGCAUCUCAGUGUUGAGCUGUGAAAACUGAUGUUAUAUUAGGUUCCAGUUUGCUGUAAUAGCAGAGUGACAUGCUUUUUUAUUAAUAUCUUGAAGCCCCUGGGUUAUAAAGUGAGAAAAGAAGGGGUUAUGCAAUUUACUCAGUAUAAAUAAAUAAAGCAUGUUGCUGGGGGACCCUUUAAGUAAUGUACUUAGCUCACACCUAGGAAUGUAUUUUGUAUUUUGCUCCUUCAGGAUUCUUAAAUCCAAACAAGGAUGACAAUGCCCAUUUUACAAAGGGUCGCCUGUAACUGAGGACAAUCACCAGAGCUUUAAGGAGGCAAUAGCAUUUUGGCUGCAUCUGACCUCGCUGAGAAUAUUUCCUGGGGGUGGGGGUGUUUGAGUGCAUGUGUGCCCGUGCAUCUGUCUUGUGGGAUUUUUAAAGUUUUUUUUUUUUUACAAGUGGUGUUCACAAAGUAUAUCUCUGCUUAUAAAUAUUACUAUAGAAAUCUUUAUUCUGUAUAUGUAGCCUAUUUAAUAGGGGUUCUCCUUAGCCCCUCAGAACUUUGAAAGGAAGGGCUAUUAAUGUAAGAAAUUCACUUGGUAUUACUACAUUGCUUUAGCUUUUAAAUGGCUGGUUUUAAAGAAGAAAUUCUGUUUAUUAAUGAAAGUGUCACUCUCUUGGUGCUAAGCAGGAGACUUCACAAUGAUACAGUGUGUCUAGAAUCUUUUAUGCUACUACUUUGUGAAUCCUUCUGUGACCUUUGCUGUUUAAUGCAUUAUAUGAUUGUGUUUGGAAGCCCUUACUAUUCUUGUCAGAAAUACGGCUGCUUUGGUUGGGUCUUCUUGAGCCAUAUUUAUAGUUGGUCCCAGCAUUCCAGAUUUCUGUUAAGUGGUUAAGGGGUGGAAACUUAGUUUGCUCAGCAGGUGAGUCCUUUCCACUCAUGUACUGUCACCUGGAAACCAUGUGUGUGUCUGUGUGUGUGUUUCAGAGAGAGUCUUCUUUUCUUAAAUGAGUAUUUUGGUCAGUCCCUCCAGUGCCUGUAGAGGCUGGAUUUUUCAGCUCUCUGUACUAAAGCAGAAGUGAUUAGUUACCAGAAGUAUGGCCUCUAAAGUGGCCGGCUGUAAGAACCAAGAAACGCUGUACUGCUUCAUUUCUUGCCCUGUGGGACAAAGCAAGGGGCUGGCCGGGACACAAUUCAGAUAACUGGCUCUCACAGCAGUCUGUUAAAAACAUGCUGGAAGAAGAAUUAAGGUUUGUAUGUCUAGUGUGACUCAGCUAUGCAGAAAAUGUUAAGUUGUUUUACCUGGUUAGUGUACAUCUGCUUAUGCUUACUUCUUCACUGUUCAGGUUAUUUGAGAGACCAUGUUUAGCACAGGACUGGAUUUCUUCUCUGAGCUGUGUUAACAUUUCUUCAUAGAAUCUGGUGAUGAAGAUGCCAAAUAUGCAAUAAUGUACGAUGCUAGAUGGAACAGUAGAUAGUCAGCCUUAUUAUGUUUUGUGUAUUUAUUUCAUGGGUGAGACUUUGAAAUCGCUUUGUAAACAUCCUUAGGACCCAACCACAUGUGUUCCAAGGUGCAGUGCACUGUGAAUCUUUUUAAGUCUAAGUUUGUAGGUGCUUUUAUGUCUAACUUCAGUGGUUUGAAGAAUGUUAAAUAACUUUGUCCUUAACCAUUUUACUCCAAGAGACAAAGAAUACAGUUUACAUGCUUUCUGUAAGUUUUGUUUAGAAACAGUGAAUGAACGACUCUAGUAUUUCAAACAGUGAUUCCGUCCUGAGACAUGAGGGACCUGAAAAACCCAGUAGACCUGGUAACAUGGAUGAAAUUGAUUAAACAUGUUGAAAGAUCUAAUUAGUUUUUUGUACCAGUACACAAAAAACUGGUCUCCCGGCACUGUCAGGAAUUGUGGUCACUACUUGCUGUUUUGACCUUUGAAUAUCAUUAUUUUUAUAUUAAAUAUUAAUUGGUAAUUACAUAUUAUGGAGCUAUAUAGCAGAUUAAUAUUAUGCUGUAAGACUUGGCUGUGCUAUUUCUUUUGGCGGUUCUAGUAAUUUACAUGUACUGUCAAUAAAAAAACUGCACAUCUUAGAAAAUGGCUGUAGGAAUCCAGUUCCUUUAUCAAGCACCGUGUUUUCUAAAAGUGUCAAGAACUGGUACCUGUGUACAUUUAAAAAUGUUUUAUCAUCAAGUCCCUCACCUAGCAGUCUGAUCUUUUCUAACAUUAGUUAAAUAAAAAGGAGAGGGAGGGACCUAGACAUGAUCAUUUGCUGGGCAGGUUUUCUUCUGUGGUCACCGUGACCUUCCCUAGCUGUGAACUUCCUUUCUUGGGGACUUUAUUGACAACAGUUGUGUCUGUGUUCUCUGAGGCAGUAUUUUCUUUGUGUUGUAUUCAUUAACAUUUCUUCCUCCUGGCUUUAAGUUGGAUGAUUGUGUAGCCUGAGAGAAGUGCCGAUGUGUUGUGACUUGAAGUGACCCUCAGCAAAGGAGACCACAGACUACUAUUGUGUCUAAAGGUAUUAUCACCUCUGUGUAUCUGGUGUUAUCCUUACAGCUUGCUGAAGCUGGGUCAGAGUGGUGUCUUAACACUAUAAAAUACAUUUGUAUGGUUUCCUAAAAAUCUAGAAAUGUCCUCCACAUCUUUUUCUCUCUCUGUAUAUAUAGAACUGGGUUAUUCCUGAAGCCUGUGUCAAAAGGUAGCUGAUUGAGAUCAGUAAUCUGAGAUUUGUCAGAAGUAGGUUGCCAUUUCCAACAGUUGCUCUGCAGAGCCCAAAGAGAAAACUACUGAGCAUCGCUAGCAGUUGACUGUUCUCAUGAUGCUCCAGGUGAGAAGUGUGGCCGGUGUCCAGCCCGAACAGUCAAAAGUACUGACCUUCCCAGACAUUUUCUACUCCGCAGUCAAGUGUUGUAAGUAUGAUUGCCAAGCAAUUUUUCUCACUUUAAGGACUAGUGUUUGGGUCCUUUCUGUUGAUUCUGCAGAGCUGCAGGCAUUCUGGAUUUUAUUUUUAAUUUUUUAUUACUUUAAUUUUUUAAUGUCUUAAUGUGUUUCACCUGUGCCUGUGUUUCACGUGUGCCUGGUGCCCAAGGAGGCCAGAAAAAGAGUGUCGGAUCCUCCUGGAACUGGAGUUGCCGUGUUGUUGGAAAUGGAACCAGGUCUUUUUGAUAACAAGAUAGCCCAGAGUGUGGCACAGUCACAGUACAUGGAUGUGCUGCCAGCAGUUUCCUGUUACGAACAGCGGUCGUUACUGAGGUACUUCAUAGCUGAGGGAAGUGGAAGCCUCGGUCUACUCAUGCAUAGAACUGGCUGUAAAGGCAUUUCUAUUAACUUGGUGCUGAGAGGGCUUUUUUUUUUUUUUGGUUUUUUUUUUGGUUUUUCGAGACAGGGUUUCUCUGUGGUUUUGGAGCCUGUCCUGGAACUAGCUCUUGUAGACCAGGCUAGUCUCGAACUCACAGAGAUCCGCCUGCCUCUGCCUCCCAAGUGCUGGGAUUAAAGGCGUGCGCCACCACCGCCCGGCUGAGAGGGCUUUUGUUUGUGUGGGUUUCCUGUGUACUUCAUAUUUGGUUAAAGCUUUAAGGCUUUAUUUUUGGAAGUGUUCACAACAGAAUAUCUAAUUUGAAGUCAGCAAUAGAGAGAUUACAUUUAUCUUGUCCUGGUGUGGCAGAAGCAUGGGUUCUGUCUCUGAUGGCUGCAUGAAAGCACAGUCUAAAAGGAAUUCACCUCGACAUAGUGAUUUGGGCGGUUUUGGGUCAAGGGUUCUGGGGAAAGAAAUGACAGAAGUCAGCUUCAGGGUGUGACUUGGUCUUAGUGGACAUGGGUUGCUCAGUGGGAGCUAAGACCCCCCAGUGUUUGCUGCAGGGUAGUUUUCCUUGAUUUGUUACUAGCUCGUUUGUUGAGUGCCAUUUUUUGAGCAUCUGUUUGGUAAUUAGUCUUUUGUUUGGGCUGUAUCUCUUAAUGCCUCUGACACCAUGAGAUUUUGCCGUAACUCUUGAGCCUCAAGCAGCUAGAAGGGCUCUGCUCUCUCAUGUCAAUGUAUAUAACUGUGAAGUUGUGUGGGAGCAAAGAAAACACUUCAGUAUAGUUCUAGGAUGAAAUGGGCAACGUUUCCUAGUCCUUAGUGAGCUUUUACAGAAGGUCAUAUACUUUCUGCUUGUAAUUAUUUGAUCCAAAUGUCUAAAACAACUCUAGACUGGAUUGGGAUACAACUGUACAUUUUAAAGCCAUUUCUCAAGCUUUAAGACAUUAGCACAGAGGUUGCCAGCUGGGAGAUCUAGAGAGCUGGCAGAGUUGCAGUCAUGCUUCUGGAGCAUGAGCAGUGGUGUACCUGGACACGUGGUGUGCACGAGGUGGUCCUGCAGGAAUAUGCAGUUCACUGCUGUUCAUGUAGCCCCUUCUGCUUUGUUUGAACAUUGGACAAGUAACUGUAAAUGCUAGUAUCCAAGGGAAUGAGCCUUUCGUUUCUGCAUUUUGUUUCAAAUGAGGACAGUAGACAGCUAAGUUCCAUUGUAUAAAUUUUUUUCAGUUUAACAAAUAGGGAAGAAUAGUAAAACCCUUAACUUUGCUUUAACCUUUAAAAGCUAUAUUUUUAUAUUUGCCAGUUAGUUUUAAAUCUUACAAUAGUUUUAAAAUGAAUGUUGACUUACUAGACCUAUGUCUGUUGGCUUCAAUGAAACCAUAAUGAAUCUUAAUGUAUUUACCUAUUUUAAGUGAUUUUCUCUUAAGAUGGUCCUAAAUCAGGCCAGGCAUGGUGGUGCAUACUUGUAAUCCCAGCACUUGUGAGGCAGAGACCACCCUGGUCUACAAAUCAAGUUCCAGAGAAGCCAGAGUUAUACAAAGAAACCCUGUCUCAAAAAUAAAUAAAUCAAUAAAUACAAGAUAAUCUUAAAUUUAACAAAAAUGAAGUAUACAGUUUAGUUUGGGCCCAAAGGGGAAUCCUAGCUGUGUAGCUUUAGCACUGUUUAUACUAUGCUGUGAAGACCUGGUGUCCUGGACAGUGCGGGCUUGGAACAGUCUGAUUGUGUGUGAGUCUGUCUGGAAAAAGUAAAUGGCAUGCUGUUCAUGGAAGCUGCAGAAGCUGGCACAAGCUUUACCUCAUUAAGGGUGUAAUGUUCACUGAAAAUACCUGGGCUUUAGAAUAAAUAAUUUGUAAAUUUGUUUUCUCCAUGAAUUGGUUUUGUCUUAUGUUAAAUGAUUUAACAUUUAAUCUUUGCCUAACUUACAGCUGUAUUUUAUUGCUUGGCAGUAGGGUUCUUUCAUACGGGAAAGACGGUGUAAACUCCUACAUGAUUAUGUCUGUGGCAGUAUGAAAGUUAUUUUGUGGUUAAUAGCCACACAUUUAGGGAAACCAAAAAGGAACCCCUAAAGUAGCCUGUUGGGUUUGUUGUGGUGUGACAACAGCCUCUAGAGCUGGAUUUAUUCAGUGACCUCCACCCCACCACCUCCCUCAAGUGCAGCAUCCAUGAAGUGGCUGCACUGACUUUCACUUACAUUGCUGUGCCUGUCAUCCAGUGACUGGGAUCUGUGCCUAGGACAUGGAGAUUGCCGCCUGUGUUCUCCACCGAGAAAUGCAGUGCUGUCUUUAACGGUAAGUAGGUUGUAUGCAAUCCACACUAGUUCAAAAACUAAAACCAUAUUUUUACAAUGAUAAAAGGUUGCUCACAUUGGCUUUCUGUAAGAUAUUGUGUUAAAUUUUGUCUAAUUUUGACUAUUUAUAAUACAUUACCAAUAAAAUUGGCUCCGAUUUGGUUGCUAUUUACCAUUGGUUCUGUUGCUGUUACUCCUUACUGUAAUUUUAAGGCAUGACUGUGUUACUCUUGGCUCUCAUCUCUUUGGACCAAAAAAGUUAUGAAGUUUUGUUUGCAUUAAUAGAAAUUCAAAAUGUAGAGUCCACUCAGAAAUGAGAGUGGACAGUGGGAUGUCUUAUCUUCAUUCACAGUCUGACUCUUAACAGUAUAAAUCAAGCAUGGAAAAUGGCAGUAAUUCUUAAACUUAGGUAAGAACCAGGCUUUCCACCAGAAUGUCCUGAUGUCCUUAGGUCUUAGGCAGGAAAAAUACAUUGAUUAUUCUUUUAGAGUUCUCAGCUAUGUAACUGUUGUUAUCAAAAGUUCUCUCCAUGUAGCAAAGCCGGGGUUUUAGCACUUCCACCAUGCUAGGAAGCUGCUGUCUCAAAUUACAUUUGAUGUUCUGAUUAGUUUUUAAAAGAUCAUUCAAUAGAGAACUCUUGUUCAUGCUGUUUGUGAAGACAGCCAAAUAAAAAUUGAUAAAUGAGAAUUUUUUUGUUCUUGUUUUGUUGUUCUUUU